AUGGCGAAAGACUCUAAGCUUGCCGAAGCAUUAAAGCAGAAAAUCGUGGACUACAUAGACAAAGGUUAUAUCCGCAAACUAUCAGAUGCAGAGCUAGCUGGCUCGUAUGGUCGUAUCUGGUAUUUGCCGAUGUUCCCAGUUACGAAUCCCAACAAACCAGGAAAACUCCGUAUUGUGUGGGACGCUGCGGCCACGUCGUUUGGAAAGUCACCGAACUGCUUUCUCUUAAAAGGAAUUGAUCAGCUAAUCUCACUGUUUUCCAUCCUCGUCCAGUUCCGCGAGGGAGCGAUCGGCCUAACGGGUGAUCUGCGUGAGAUGUUUCACCAGAUCAUGAUUCGUAACAGUGUCAGUAACAGUAACAGUAUUCGUCAACAGUGCCAGCGUUUUUAUUGGAGAGAAGAUAACGGCCAGUUGUCAGUCUACGUAAUGCGCGUGAUGACCUUCGGCGCGUGUUGUUCCCCAAGCAGUGCCCAAUAUGUAAAAAACAUAAACGCAGAGCGAAUGAGCGGACAAUACUCAAAAGCAGCGGACAUCAUUCAAAGGCGUCACUACGUGGACGACAUGUUGAUAAGCGUCGAUACGGAAGAGGAAGCAAUACAGUUGGUAAGGCAAGUGAGGUUCAUACACGAGCAAGGAGGUUUUGAAAUCAGAAACUGGAUCAGCAAUUCUCAACGAGUGUUGGCAGCUUUGAAUGAAGGCAGAACCAUCGAGAAGAAUCUUGACAUCUCGCCGGAGUUGGCAACAGAAAAGGUGUUGGGGAUGUGGUGGUGCACUGCAUCCGAUGUUUUCACCUAUAAAAUUGGAUGGAACCGUUAUGAACAAUCUCUUCUGCAGGGUCAUCGACGUCCGACCAAACGUGAAAUGCUUCGAGUGUUGAUGUCCAUGUUCGACCCUCUAGGGCUAAUUGCACAUUUCUUGAUGUACCUGAAGGUUCUCCCCCAAGAAGUCUGGCGGUCCGGUGUGAAUUGGGAUAAAGAAAUUAAUGAUGCACUCUUUAAUAAGUGGCGUGCAUGGCACCAGGUUCUCCCACUGGUAGAAACACUCAAAAUUAGACGUUGCUACCGUAAGCGGCUCCCAGCAAGUUGUACCGCAGGGGAGCUACAUACGUUCGUCGACGCGAGCGAAAAUGGAAUGGCCGCUGCAUGCUAUAUACGUUUCCCUCAGGGUGAAACCACCGAAUGCAGUUUAGUAGCUGCUAAAACCAGAGUAGCUUCCUUAAAGUUUCUUUCAAUCCCAAGGCUUGAACUGCAAGCAGCAGUGCUCGGCGUGCGAUUAUCGCAAGCCGUUGCUGACUCCCUAUCAGUCAACAUAACACGACGAAUAUUUUGGUCAGAUUCCCGUGACGUUAUAUGCUGGGUUAAUUCGGAUCAUCGCCGGUUUACGCAAUUUGUAGCACAUCGAGUUAGCGAGAUACUGGACUCCACAGAAGCAGCAGAUUGGAGCUGGGUUCCCACCAAACAAAACGUGGCUGACGACGGCACGAAAUGGGUGCAUAAUCCGGUUAUGUCGUCUGAAGACCGCUGGUUUACAGGACCAGAUUUUCUUUGGCGCUCGGAGAGGAAUUGGCCGUGUCAGCCGUCAAUAAAUGGUCAAACUGAAACUGAACUACGCCCGUACCUGCUACUGCAUUUUCAGACAGCCAAGCCGCUUUUUUGCGUAAGUAAAUUCAGCAGCUGGAAAAAAGUGACCAACAUAAUGGCAUACGUCUUUCGUUUUUCUCGCAACUACAUUGCAAAUUUCAAGAAGCAGACAGUAACUACUGGUCCGCUAACUUUAAAGGAGAUUUCCAACGCUGAGGACUAUUUGAUCCGGCAAGCUCAAGCAGACGCCUAUCCGGACGAGCUCGCGCUUUUGCAGAAGAAACAGCACAGAACUCACGGCACUACGCUGCCUAAAAAUAGUCCUUUGUACAAGCUUACCCCGUGGAUCGAUGAGCGAGGAGUUAUGCGAAUGCGCGGGCGGAUUGCCGCUUGCCAUUAUGCUACCGCGGAUGCCAAGAAUCCAAUCAUUUUGCCCCAUACACACCACACCACUUUGCUUAUUAUCGCACACCACCACCAAAAAUAUCACCAUCAAAACUAUGAAACCGUAAUCAACCAAAUACGUCAAAAAUAUUGUAUCUCUCGACUCCGCGCUACCGUUACUCGAGUACGUAAUAACUGCCAGCGAUGUAAAAACGAAAGAGUAUCUCCACAGCCUCCCAUAAUGGCUGAUCUUCCCCCAGCAAGACUAGAUGCUUUCACACGACCGUUUACUAACGUAGGCAUCGAUUACUUUGGCCCACUCGACGUUGCUGUGGGAAAACGUACCGAAAAGCGUUGGGGAAUGCUUGUUACCUGCUUAACAGUCCGAGCAGUCCAUAUUGAAGUCGUCCAUUCAUUAAACACCAACUCAUGCAUAAUGGCACUACGAAGCUUCAUCUCUCGUCGUGGCACUCCUCGGACGAUCUAUAGUGAUCGCGGAACCAACUUCAUUGGAACCUCCCGUGAGCUAAAACAAGUUGAGAUGUCUUUCAACAUGCACGAUAUGGCUAAGGAGUUUGUUUCUUCAGACACCGAAUGGGUCUUCCUACCUCCCUUAUCACCGCACAUGGGCGGGUGUAGGGAAAGGUUGAUCGGCACUGUGAAGCGGAACCUUAUGACGAUCAACCCCAAGCGGAACCUUAUGACGAUCAACCCCAAGCGGAACCUUAUGGCAACCCCAUAA